AUGUCCACCAGCACCGCCCUCACCUCUACGAGCGCUGCUAUCAUCGCUCGAGCCGCGUACGGGCAGACGCGUCGCAAACUCGUCCUCGCUUUCGACAUCGGGACCACAUUCAGUGGUAUCUCAUACAGUAUUCUGGACCCCGGAAACAUUCCUGAAGUCAAGGGAGUGACAAGAUUCCCGGCGAACGAGCUCAUAAAUGGCGCUUCGAAGAUCCCGACGAUCAUAUACUACGAUAAGGAGGGCAACGUGCAAGCCGUCGGAGCGGAGGCGACCCGCGAGGGUAUCGUCGAGCUCGCAGAGGACAACGGGUGGGUCAAAGCCGAGUGGUUCAAACUGCACCUCCGCUCCAAGGCCAGCACGACCCGCGACAUCUCCGACCAGAUCUUCUCCCUUCCUUCAAACAAAUCCGUCGUCGACGUCUUCGCCGACUUCCUGUACUACCUCUUCCAGUGCGCCGCGAUCUACAUCCAGGACACGCACGCCAACGGGGCGCACCUCUGGGACUCGGUCAGCGACAACAUCGAUUUCGUGCUCUCGCACCCGAAUGGGUGGGAGGGGCGCGAGCAGGGGGAGAUGCGCAGGGCAAUGGUGAUGGCGGGCUUGGUGAAGGAUGAUACGGAGGGGAGAGCGAGGAUCUCGUUCGUGACGGAGGGAGAGGCGAGCUUGCAUUAUGCGAUUCAGAGGGGGGUGCUGGCGGGGGCUAUUGAGUCCGGCGCAGGGGUCAUUAUCGUAGACGCUGGCGGAGGUACGAUCGACAUUAGCGCCUACCGGUGCGAUGCUGCGACGAAGACGUUCGAAGAAACGGCUGCACCCCAAUGUCACUUCUACGGUUCCAUCUUUGUCAGCGUCCAUUGUCAAGAGUUCCUCCGAGCCUUCCUAGAAGGUUCCCCAUUCUUAGAGGACGUCACCUACAUCGCACAGUGCUUUGACAAAACCACCAAGCAGCGGUUCAAGAGCAACGCCGACGCACAGUACAUCAAAUUUGGCUCGACGAGGGACAACGACCCUCAGUAUAACAUUCGCUUUGGGCAGCUGAGGCUGAGCGGGACAGACGUGUCGAGCUUCUUCGAGCCGUCAGUUGACUGCAUUAUCAAUGCGGUGAAAGAGCAAUGCCGGGUGUCGCCGCAUAAGAUCCAUCACGUCGUCCUCGUCGGCGGCUUCUCCGCGAGCGACUGGCUCCUCAAGCAAGUCCAAGCCGGACUCUCCGACCUCAAGCUGAACGUCUUCAGGCCAGAGGACUACGUGAACAAAGCAGUAUCCGACGGCGCCGUCUCGUUCUACAUAGACCACUUUGUCCGCGUGCGCGUCUCCAAAGUCACCUUCGGCUCGCUCGCGACGAUCAACUAUAACCCGAAUGACGCGGACCACGUACGAAGGUCGAAGAAGGUGCUCACGGACGUGGAUGGGCGCAAGUUGGUGCCAAACCACUUUUAUAUCAUGUUGCCGAAGAAUACACAAAUUGAGGAAACCAAGGAGUUUAGGGACAGCUUCUCGAUGACCGGCUUCGACCCCUCGCACUUCCAGUCGGUGACCAACGAGGUGUGGUGCUAUCGCGGGAACCUGGCUAAUCCGAAGUGGAAGGAUCUUGACCCCGAUAAUUUCGAAGAGUUCUGCACCAUCGAGGCAGACCUCUCGAGCAUCCCGCUCACCCCACAAGUCAGCGCGAGCGGACACACGUACUAUCGCGUGUGGUUCCAGAUCGUCCUGCUCUUUGGGCUGACGGAGAUUGAGGCGCAUAUGGCUUGGGAAGAAAACGGUGUCGAGAGAAGAGGACCGGCCACCGUCAUGUACACCAAAGACGUGUAA